GCGAAGGACAGAGGGACUUCCUUUUCCGGCUCAGCCACGGGAAGGUGAUGGCGUCGGCGGAGCCUCUUGUGCUCCUUGGAGGGUCGAAGCGACUCCUGGGAGGUUAUGCAGCCAUUUUAUAAACAAUAAUGAAACGAAUCCAUUAAUAGGAAUCUUAUAGACAAGGAGGAUGCCAAGAAGAGUCGCCUGGACAACCGAGAAUGAGAAGCAGCAUUAAAAUGCAAACCAAACCAUCAAUCAAAAUCUUUUCCACUUUUUCCAGAAAGUUUUAAAACUCUUCUCUUUCCUCAGCAGAUGGAAAGAGACAAAGGAGAGAAUAACAGAACCAGCGUUUUCAUGUGGAAGAAAUAGAUUAUGUGGAACUCAAGAAAAUAUUGCAUGGAAAAGUAAAAAGUUUUAAUUUCCAAAUUCAGAAAAUGUGUGAAAUAGCUGGACAUCACUGGGAAAGAAAUGGUCACUUGGAAAGCCAAAGGCAUUAAUGAAAGACACUGAGGAAGGAAAGAGUGUCUUAAAUCAAAUAAUCCAUCAGAUAAGGGAUCAGAAAUAUUUUUGACCCCCUCAUGAAUCUAAGAAUAUCAGUGUUGGAAAAACCUCAGCGACCGCCUUUUUUGGGAAAAACAGAUUACAGAUCACAGCUGAUUAUGGACAAGAGGAUCCACUCCUCAAAAAACCAUACAAAUGCUUGAAUUUUGGCAAAAGAACAAGAUUCCUAUGAUUUAUGGAGCAGUCGAUGCAGGAGCAGCAGCUCUGAUGUGUGAAAAGUUUCACUUGGAAUUCUGACCUGGUUAUACACCAGACAGAGAAACCAUAUGAGUGUCCGGAUUGUGACAGAAUGUUUAGUAAGAAUUCUACAGUGGGGAUACAGAAGAGGACUCAGACAGGAGAGAAAUCAUAUGAGUGUCUGGAUUGUGGGAAAAAAUUUAAUCAGAAUUCGAAGCUGGUGAAACACCAGAGGACUCACACAGGAGAGAAACCAUAUGAAUGUCUGUAUUGUGGGAAAAGUUUCAGUCUGAAUUGGAACCUGUUGGUACACCAGAGGAUUCACACAGGAGAAAAACCAUAUGAGUGUCUGGAUUGUGGGAAGAGUUUCAAUCACAAAUCCCACCUGGUGAAACACCAGACAACACACACAGGAGAGAAACACUAUUGUUUGGAUUGUGGGAAAGGUUUUAGUUGCAAUUCCGACCUAGUAGUGCACCAGAGGAUUCACACAGGAGAAAAACCAUAUGAGUGCCCAGAUUGUGGGAAAAGUUUCAGUCGGAAUUCCCACCUUGUGGAACACCAGAGGGCUCACACAGGAGAGAGACCAUAUCAGUGCCCAGAUUGUGGGAAAAGUUUCAAACGUAAUUCCAAGCUGGUAAUACACCAGAGAAUUCACACAGGAGAAAAACCAUAUAAGUGUCAGGAUUGUGGGAAGAGUUUCAACCAAAAUUCCAAGCUGGUGAUACACCAGAGGACUCACACUGGAGAAAAACCAUAUGAGUGUCUGGAUUGUGGGAAAAGGUUCAGUGAAAAUUAUUACCUGGUAAUACACCAACGGAAUCACACAGGAGAGAAACCACACAAGUGUCCAGAUUGUGGAAAAAGUUUCAACUGGAAUUGCGAACUUUUGGUGCACCAGAGGAUUCACACAGGAGAGAAACCAUAUAAAUGUCCUGAUUGCGGGAAAGAUUUCCCUCGAAAUUCUGACUUGGUGCAACACGAGAGGACACAUACAGGAGAAAAACCAUUUGAGUGUCUGGAUUGCAGGAAAAAGUUCAGUCACAGUUCCAGCCUGGCAGUACACAAGAGGACUCACACAGGAGAAAAACCGUAUGAGUGUCCAGAUUGUGGGAAAGAUUUCAGUUGUAAGUCUAGUCUUAUAAAUCAUGUAAGGUUACAUAUAGGGGAAUAACUAUUCAAAUGUCCAGAUUGGAGACAGCACAAAACUCCUUGCUUAUCACAGAUGAAAAAAUUCCACAUGAGGAUAAAUUUGAUCUGUCUACAGGAAUCUUGAAUCUUGUCCCUUAGUGAAAGCCCCACUGAGAAUUUAAUAGUGUAAUUUCUUGCAUAAUUCUUUUUAAUGAAGCAUAUCUUAUUAUUAAACAUGAAGAAGGAGA